GGUGAUAUGUUUUCAUUGCGUCCGCUCUGACGUGAAGAGCGACAGAGCCCCGAGGGUCGGACAUGCAACUUCAGUUUCGUGGGAGAAAGCAUUUCCCUGCGCCAGAGAAAACAGACGAUAAGUGGAACUGGAAGUGCCCUUUCCCUGUUUGUUUUCUUUAUCACCGGCUCGGAAAAAAUACGGCAGUUCUGAAGCCACAGGCACGCUAGUGGACACAUAAGGAUUUUCUGAUGAAAGUCAAGGUUGUCCAGUUUAAAGUCGAGGUUAUCCAGCGAGGAAGAUUUAUCGCUUCUCACAGGAGUCCGCAGAGAUUUUUAGUUCACGCGAACAGCCAACGUCUGUUUGAAAGAGCUUAAAUAUGCGUUUAUACGACAGAGGAAUAACCGGUGAUAAUAUGAAGUCAUUUGUAACAUAACAUCUCUGAAAUUAAAGUUUUAAAGAUUAUCUAACGUUCGUAUAUUCAAAUAUCAACCACAUUUAGAAACGCGAAAUAAAACGCGGGCUCGUGCUACCUUUUUGUUCCAAAUUUGAGGAAUGCUUCGACGGUCUUGUGGAAAGGAUAUGUUGGACAGUUUCAUAAAGUAAAUGUCAAUUAGUCUUUUUUACUAACUUACUUCUCAAAAGGAGAUAUCCAAGUACUGGAAUUGUACGGUUUGAACUAUUUCUGACGCUAUUUCAUCCAGCGACUGACUGUUGGAAAUGAACCUGAGGUGAGAAAAAGACGUCCGUUAAAUAUCCGUUGGAUUUGUCGGCGAACAUUACCGGAUUCUGGGAUCGUAACAGCUCAUUGCGAGUUCGAAUGGGAUCUAUCAUGAUUUUACUGAAUAUUCUGAGCGUCCUGUUUUUAUUGGAUGAGGUGGUACUUUCCAUGGCCAGCCAUUCUGCCUCGUCAGGGCUGGGAACUCAUGGUUGGAGAACCCCCAUGGACUGCCUGAGGGCCAGUGAGGUGUGCAACCAAAACUCACAGUGCAGCUCACGCUUCCGCAUCAUGCGCCAGUGCUUGGUAGGUCGUGACAGGACUACCAUGCUGGCCAACAGGGAGUGUCAGGCCGCCCUUGAGGUGCUGCAGGACAGCCCCCUGUACGACUGCCGCUGCAAGAGGGGCAUGAAGAGAGAGCUCCAAUGUCUGCAGAGCUACUGGAGUAUUCAUAUGGGUCUCAAUGAAGGAGAAGAACUGUAUGAGACCUCCCCAUAUGAACCAAUGCAUCUCUCUGAUGAGUUUAGACUCGCCUCCAUUAUUUCUGCCAUGGACUCCGCUUCUGCAAAAGGGAAUCUGUGUUCUGACACGGGCAAGCCCUGCAAUCCAUGCCUGGAUGCAGCAAAAGCCUGCAACCUCAACGACACCUGCAAGAAACAGCGUACUGCACUCAUGGCCACCUGCAGCCCCGCAACUCCCAUUCAGCAAGCGCAGGAACCCUGCAACCGAAAGCGCUGUCACAGGGGUCUGCGGCAGUUCUUCGACCGCGUGCAAACGGAAUUCAGCUACCCGCUGCUCUUCUGCUCCUGUCGGGAUAAAGCGUGUGCCGAACGUCGCCGGCAAACCAUCAUGCCUGCGUGUUCUUUUGAGGAGAAGACAAAAUCAAACUGCCUUGAGCUAAGGAGGGCCUGCCGUUCAGAUCCGCUCUGCAGAUCCAGGCUGGCAGACUUCCACAUGAAUUGCCAGACGACACCGCAUUCAAUAACAAUCUGUCCUAAUGAUAACUACCGCGGUUGUCUGGUGUCCUACGUUGGACUCAUUGGAUCAGAUGUGACUCCAAACUAUGUGGAUGCGAGCCAAACCAACAUCACUAUUUCCCCUUGGUGUGGCUGUCGAGGCAGUGGAAAUCAUGAAGCUGAGUGCGAGGCCUUCCUCCGAGACUUCAGAGAGAACACUUGCUUGAGAAAUGCUAUCCAGGCAUUCGGUUAUGGCACGGAUGCGGGUCUAGUUCCCAUCACUGAGUCUCAGUCAGCAGUCCCAUCAGUACGGACCAAUCUGCAACCGGCUAUCAUCACCAAACAUGUCAUCAACUCAAAUGAUGUCAAGCAAAUUGACAGGGCAUGUGUUUUCUCCACAUGCGCCAACCUUCAGGACAGUGAGCAGAAGUGUUCUAACAGUUUUGAAUGUGCUGAUGAGAAUGCGCUGAACCCCAAUAUGGAGGGAUCCAUUGACUCGGUGGGCUCUCACCAGGCUGAUAACAACAGAGCCAGACAUUCAUCUGUGACUUCAAUCAGUGUUUCUGCAGCCACACUGACACUGGCCUUUGCACUGGUCAAUCAGGUUCUGUAAACACAGCCUGACUCUACAACACCAGGAAGCAUAUGAUGGAUUCUUCUGACCUCAGUCAAAUAACUUCUCUAAAGUGACAUUGAUCUUUCUCUCUCUCUUAGUGUGUGUGUGUAUGUGUGUAUCACACGCCAUCUUUAAAAACCAGUCGGAACAAAAAACAACAAAUCCUUUGCAGGAGCUUCUAAAAGACUCGAAACACCACUGCCCCAUUGAAGAGAAAGUAAGGAACCCCCGGCGGCUGACACUGAACAUGGAGAACUUCUACAAACGUCUUAUGCAAGAAGGAAAGCAGCCCACCGGGUUCUCCAAUAUCAUGAUGGAUGGUUGAUCGAGAACAGGCUAUAAAAUGCAAUCAUGUGACCCAUUGAUGAACUCUCUGUAUAUUUACCUAGAGAUAUAGAGAGCAUCCAUUAUAAAAACAAAACUUUUCACUAUCUCCCCCAUGCACAUCAGUACAAUAGUGCUCACUGCCUUGAUCAUUACCAAUAAUUCCAUGUAAAUGUUUUUGUUUGAAGAAAAAAAAUAUGGAUGAAAUCUCGAUUUGUGCCCUCGAAUUUGUUUCCGGCGAACUAUGUACAAGAGUUCAUCCGCGACAUGUUUGGAUCCUCCAAUCUAGCGAGAUUUGGAUCCUACUGCCCUGUGUACAGUGUGUAUAAUGAUGUUUGUAAGUAUAUGAGAUUCUUUUUUUCCCUGUUUUAUCUCUAAAAAACCUUUAGCAUGUGCUGGAAAGCUGAGUGACGCGGGGAACUAGAACAAAAGCGGAGAGCCGUGUGAAACGUAUCACCAUGGAGAGCCGUCAGUGCCAAUGAUGUUCGUCUUAGGCUGUUAUUAUGUGUAAUCAUUUCUUUUUUGCCAAAAGACUUGGAUUAUAUUCAAAGAAAAAUGCUCCGGGGAGAGUGGAACAAAAGAUCCAUUUGCGGAGGGGGUCAAUUGUUGGUGUAUUUUAUAGUGUGCAAUCUAUCGUGUGGCCUUACUUUUUUGUCUUUGCUCUGUUCCUCUCUCUUAUGUAAUGGUUUCAGACCGUACCACUUGCAGAGUACCGCCAAGACCGACUGAUAUGAUUUCAGACAUUCAAAAAUAGCAGCUCCUAUGACUCAAAAAGGUCUUGGUUCAUUUGUGAUGCUUUAAAAUGAGGCAAGAC